AUGACCUCUAAAAUUUCAGAUUUUGGUACAGCAAGGCUAUUUGUGGUGGAUCAAACUCAAGGCGCCACAAGCAGGGUUGUUGGCACUUAUGGGUACAUGGCUCUAGAGUAUGCAAUGCAUGGAUUGUUUCCCGAAUGGACGGCAUUGAUUGGGGAGCAUUUGAGUUAUCCUGUUAGGCGUAGGCAGCUGGAUUGGGAAAGGCGUCGAAAGAUAAUAGGAGGCAUUGCUCGUGGGCUUCUUUAUCUUCACGAGGAUUCUCAACUUCGAAUCAUUCAUCGGGAUCUUAAAGCGAGUAAUAUUUUGCUUGACGUGGAGAUGACCCCUAAAAUUUCAGAUUUUGGUACAGCAAGGCUAUUUGUGGUGGAUCAAACUCAAGGCGUCACAAGCAGGGCUGUUGGCACUUAG